GGAAUUCGAAAAACUUGGAGUUUUUAUUUAUUUCCCUCUCAGAACGCGCUCCUGUUUUUCCGCUUCCAGUUUUUUGUUGUGUGCCCUCGUGUGCGAAUCCUCGUCCUCUUUCAACCCUAACCCUCUUGUCCUCCUACCUCUCGCCCUCAUUCUUUACACGAUUGUCACUGUUUGUCCUGUCCGGCAGAGCGAUUCGUCGUGGGAAGUUGUCGAAUACCGCCCGCCCGCAGUCUAGGUGUGUGUGUGUGCAUUGUCGUCGUUUCAUUCACAGUUCGAGCUUUCUGGUCGUCGCCGUCGUGUGUUCUCGAGUGGAACGGCCGUGUGUGUCACCGCAUACACACACUCACAUCAACACUCGCGCGCGCUCUCACACGCACAAACUAUCCCGCGACGUAGGGCCCGCCGUUGUUUCGAACGCAACAAAACCGUCCAGUACGUCGGACCGCCGUUUCGAGAUUGCGUUGCUGUCCUAGCAGGCGUGGAUUUCGUCAAAUCAAUUGCAGCUGUUUGUGGGUAACCAAUUGCACACGGACGGUCGGUGUGCCUCGGUGGGUCUGGUGCAUUGAAGAAACACAACGGCAACGCACCGCAUUCUUCCACACGACGUAAGCAACGCAAUCUGCAUCCAAACCGCUUCGUUGUGCAUGAGAACGCAGUGAACGUGUAUGUGUGUGCGUGUGUGCAAAUGUAGGUGUGUACGGGAGCCUAAAGUGAUGGUUCUGCAGUCGUCUUCGUUGUGCAUUUGUGGUGUGUAGCGCGAUUGUGUGGAAAGUAAAGAAACACUCCAAAGUGUCACUGUCCGCGAUCCGGAUCCGGAUAUCGAACUUCCCUGCUCUGGUGCCCGCUGGUGAGGGCUGCUGCCCCGGGGCAAUCGGAUGACGGUGAUCGCGUCUGGGUUUUCCGCGCUAGGUUAGGCUCGGCUUGGCCUCGAUCUUCCCCUUGAGAGGCGCAGUGUGACGUUUACACUUUGGCUACCGUUGUGCAGCGGAAAAGAAAGAAAGAAGGAAAGAAAACAACGAUGAAACAGAGCGAAACCGUGAGUGUGAGCAAGACGAGUGCGUACAACGAUCGCGAUCGCGUUUGAUCGUGUGUCCGAAAACAAAAAGAAGUGCAUUCUAAUCGACCCUCGUGUUUUUUGCGCAACACCGCUAUUGUGCAUGUGUGUUUUCCUGCUAGUGUGUAUGUGCGCGUGUGCGUGUGUCGAUCGUGUGUAUAUGUUGAUUGUGUCAAACAAGAAAAAAAGAAGUCCUAUAUCUAACCCCUAAUCCGGAUCAUAUUCGCAACACGGUUCAGUUCAAGUGUGUUUUUGGUGCGUGAAGUGCGGAGGAAUUCUCUCGAAUAGGCGAGAGCGAGCGAGCAGCACGGGCGCCCGGAUACGGGAGUGAACGAGAAAGAAGGAGACAGGGAGACAGAGAGUAUCCGCAGCGCCUCGGAAACAACACUCAUCUCAAAAUGGCGGAUUCAUAUUAUCAGGGCGAUUACAUCAAACAUCCCGUACUGUACGAGCUGAGCCACAAGUACGGCCUGCCGGACAAUGUGUCCGAGCAUCUGCUGCCCGACCGGCUCGAGGAGAUCAAGGAGGCGAUCCGGCGCGAGAUUCGCAAGGAGCUCAAGAUUAAGGAGGGCGCGGAGAAGCUGCGGGAGGUCGCCACCGAUCGCCGUUCGCUCUCCGACGUGGCAUCGAUCGUGAAGAAAAGCAACAACAAGCUGGCCGAGCUCAAGUCCGAGCUGCACGAGCUGGAAAGCCAAAUCAUCCUCACACAGGGCAACAGUGUCAGCAACAAUGGGGGCCACGAUCCCAUUCUGUCCACCGUUAUUCCGAGCGGACCAGAGCUUACCGCCAACGACAAACUACUCAUAUCGCUCGAGAAACAGCUCAGCAUCGAGACAAAGGUCAAGAACGGCGCUGAAAACAUGAUCCAAUCGAUAUCUAGUGGGCACCACGGACGCGAUAAGAAGCUGCUGGCCGAAGCACACCAGAUGUUGGCAGACUCGAAAGCCAAAAUCGAAUACCUCCGGCUAAAGAUCCUGAAGGUGCGUCAAAACAAGCUGAGCAGUAAAGUUUCGGAAGAGAACGGUGGUGAAUCGACGACAGCGACCAAGCAACCGCAGGAACUGGAAACGUCACUGGACGAUCGUAUCGAGGAGCUGCGCCAUCGGCUUCGAAUUGAAGCGGCCGUCGUGGAUGGUGCUAAAAACGUUAUCCGCACGCUCCAGAGUACAAAGACGAUUGAUAAAAAGGCACUGCAAGAGGCUCAAGGUCGCUUAUCAGAAUCAUCCCGCAAGCUAGACCUGCUUCGGAAAGCGCUAGAUCUUCGGCGACUGGAGCUUCCUCCCGACUGUCCCACGGCACAGCAGCUGAAAGCGGAGCUUCAAAAUGUGCAAGCAUCCAGCCCCGGUCCCGUACAGUACACGAUGCGCAACUCAUUCCGCGGCAGCGCCCAAGGUCGCCCAGCACAGAGCCAUCAGUCGUUUAGCCGAUGUGCGGCCGUCACCGGCAAGCUGGAAGUGCGACUGAUGGGCUGCCAGGAUCUGCUAGAAGACGUACCAGGUCGGUCGCGCCGUGACAAAGAUGCCGGCUCGUCCAGCCCGGGCGAUUUGAAAAGCUUCGUCAAAGGUGUCACCAGUCGCAGUUCGUCGAAAAGCUACAGCGUGAAAGAUGAAACGUCGUCCGAAAUUAUGGCAGUGAUCAAGCUGGACAACAUUACUGUGGGUCAAACGUCCUGGCGACCCUGCUCGCAGCAAGCCUGGGAUCAGCGGUUCAGCAUCGAUCUGGACCGAUCGCGCGAGCUCGAGAUUGGUGUGUACUGGCGCGACUGGCGUUCGCUGUGUGCGGUCAAAUUCUUGCGGCUGGAGGAGUUCAUCGACGACAUACGGCACGGUAUGGCGUUGCAGCUCGAACCGCAGGGUGUGCUGUUCGCCGAGAUCAAGUUCCUCAAUCCGAUGAUCUCUCGCAAGCCGAAGCUACAGCGCCAGCGCAUGAUCUUCAACAAGCAGCAGGUGAAGAACAUUCCGCGCGCCAAGCAGAUGAACAUCAACGUUGCCACCUGGGGUCGACUGCUGAAGCGCAACACCACCAGCAGCAGUGCACCAACCUCGGCCGGCCCCGGAGCACCUUCGCCGGGGUCGACCACUUCGGGCCUGAUGGCAAACCAGACCUCGGGUUCGUCCGUGACGACGCCUUCCACGCCCGGGUCGAUCGUGCUACCGUACGAUCCUCUGCAGGACGAUCCAGUGGAAACGCUGGGAGAGUCGGCCGAUCACAACGUCAUCGGACUUGGUGGCGGUCGUCCACUAGGUAUCCACGGCGUUGGUGUACUGCCGGAAAGUCCUUCGUCUCACUCGCUCCAGAACCAGGGCACACCGACGGCUGGACGUCCCAUUCCUCCACCUCAGUCCAUCAGCACGCCGUCCAGCUUCCGGCAGAAAAAGCAACCGAUGCCAUCGCCGCGGCAAGCGACACCACCAAAAAUCGAUCCCGAGCUGGAGUAUGCGUUAAGCAAGUUCGAUUUCCUUCACCAGCACGAUAGUCUUAGUGGUGUUAGUUUGUACGAUAAACAGCAGCAACAGCAGCAGCAACACGAGUCACCGGUUGCAGCCGUAAUACCAUCCACAGUAAGCAGCGGACAGAUAAACAAUUGUGAUAUUAGCAACAACAACAUCAACGCCACCGCUACCCGGCCAGAAGUCGAUGACGAGGAUGUGCCACCGUUACCGGCCACACCACCGCCCGUGCUGCGUUCCUCCAGCACUAGCAGCAACGCGGUAACGACGCCAGCAGUAUUACAAAAGUCCCUAUCGGGGGAUCUACUACGGCCCGUGCUGUCGAUGCCACCGACCGUCCUGUACGGAGGCGGCGGUGGCUACAACCGUGACAGCUACUACAGUACCGUAUCGUCCACGGACAGUCCGAUCGUGGAGGAGCCGCCAUCACCGGCGCCGGGUCAUCAGCUGCAGUGUGGCCCACUGUUCCCAGAAGAUGAUCUUGCGUACGACAAUAUUAUUGAGAUCCUUCCGUUCGAUCAGCUCACGAUCGGCGGCAAUGUGGUGCCACCGCCGCUGCCACCCCAUCACCACCAUCCGUCGGCCGCGUUGGCAGCCCAGCAGGCUUCCCUUGCUGCGGCCGUCGCCCUACAAGCUCAGCAGCAGCAACAGUUCUACCAACAGCAGCAGCAGCAGCAGCUUCUUCUACAGCAGCAGCAACAGCAGCAGCCGAUCGUACCACCGUCACUGUUGCAACAUACUGCCGCCGGUCAAGCUUCCAGUUCCGCCGCCGGUGCUGGUAUGGUGGAUGUGGUGGCGGCUGGUGCGGUGGCAGCUGGUGGUGCCGCCGGACCACCGGUGAAUCGACGCGCCGGUCCAGCGGCCCGCGCCCUCCAAUACCGGGACAGUGCGUACGAAAGCCGUCGACAGUCGCAGGCGGCGGCCGGUGCCGGCAUGUGCAUGGACAGCUUCCGGUUGCUGAGCGUGCUCGGACGCGGCCACUUCGGCAAGGUGAUACUGGCGCAGUACAAAAAUUCGGGCGAAUAUUUCGCGAUCAAGGCGCUCAAGAAGGGUGACAUCAUUGCGCGCGACGAGGUGGAAUCGUUGCUGAGCGAGAAACGCAUCUUCGAGGUUGCCAACACGAUGCGCCAUCCAUUCCUGGUGAACCUGUUCUCCUGCUUCCAGACGGAGCAACACGUCUGCUUCGUGAUGGAGUACGCGGCCGGCGGUGAUCUUAUGAUGCACAUCCACACGGACGUCUUCUCGGAGCCACGGGCCGUCUUCUACGCUGCCUGUGUUGUGCUCGGUUUGCAGUAUCUGCACGAGAGCAAAAUUAUCUAUCGCGAUCUUAAGCUAGACAAUCUUCUGCUGGAUACGGAAGGUUAUGUAAAGAUCGCCGAUUUUGGUCUGUGCAAGGAGGGCAUGGGAUUCGGUGAUCGUACCGGUACGUUCUGCGGGACGCCCGAAUUCCUCGCGCCGGAAGUGCUGACCGAAACGUCGUACACGCGAGCCGUCGAUUGGUGGGGUUUGGGCGUGCUAAUCUUCGAAAUGCUCGUCGGAGAGUCACCGUUCCCGGGCGAUGAUGAGGAGGAAGUGUUCGAUUCGAUCGUAAACGAUGAGGUUCGCUAUCCACGGUUCCUGUCGCUGGAAGCCAUCGCAAUAAUGAGAAGGUUGCUGCGCAAGAAUCCGGAACGACGUCUGGGCUCGUCCGAGCGUGAUGCCGAAGACGUCAAGCGGCAAGCCUUCUUCCGUAACAUCGUCUGGGACGACCUACUGCUCAGGAAGGUGAAACCACCGUUUGUGCCAACGGUUCGCUCGCCGGAGGAUGUGUCCAACUUUGACGAGGAGUUCACGUCCGAAAAGCCGGCCCUAACGCCACCGAAGGAUCCGCGCGUGCUUACCGAAACCGAGCAAACCUACUUCAAGGACUUUACCUACAUGGCGGACUGGUGUUGAUGGGAGCGGACGGCGCAUCGUCCGCGGCGCUGUCUGGCAACUGUAUCGAUUGUUACUAGCUUGUAAAGUGAAGGGUCGUGCAUAGGCAUUAACGUUUUUAAGGAAAGGGCCAAGCAAGACAAGGAAACACAAGUGUAUUGAUAUGUGUAUUUGUGUGUGUGUGCGUGCCUUGAAGCUGGAUAGAAAGAGUCACAAUUUGCUGUUAAGGGUAGAGAAUUAGGAUAAAUGGAAAGGUUUAACGUUAGUCGGGGGCAGCAAAAGCUGUUGCUGGGAGCAUAGUUAAGGAAGAAAAGUGACAAAGGACAGGACGCCACUCCGAACUCUUUAAUCCCCGGAUGUCCAGACAGCCAAAUGGCAAGCCUGAUCGUUUUGUUUACUAAUUUACACCUUACCACACUCACACACACACCUUUUUCGUUCACGUCCCACUCGUAUUCACCAAUUUAUUAUUAACCUUCGGUUUGUGUUUGUAUCAAAGUCCUUUAUUCAUGCUUUCACGGCACAAGGAAGGUAAGCGAUAACCCUGCACACCGCGCUGUUUAGGUAGAAAACCAGGUGAAACUAGUAGGCCGUGAUUUUGGUGUUUUGUUAGGUUAUGGUUUCGUUAAUACGUGAGCGAGACAGGAAGUAGUAGACUGAGGAAAGAGAAAUCACACACAAACACAGCUAAAGGAAACGGUUUCGAAGCAAUAGAUACACAAACAAACAAACCAACACACACACACGCACUCACACAACAACAGGAAAUGCGCCAAAAGAGAGAAUUCUGAAGCCUGUAUUCGCUGAACACAAAAUGAUUGCGGAACGAGAGAAAGAUAUAGUUAGUUGACGAAUUAGACGUUAUUUUUCGUGUGUAAGUAGACCUACUCUACAUUAUGCUUGUAUGCGUAUUUGUUACGUGUUUCCGUUUUCCCGUUACAGCGUAGUGUCGUUCCCCCACAUGCAAACGAAACACAUACAGCUACGCUCGAAAUAGGCUUGAUUACAGGUUUUGUUACAGUAAAAGCCUCGGGGUGGUAUUAGUUUUAACGUAAAAAAACAAGUGCGAAAAAGUUAUUGCUGUAUUUAAUCGACUUUUGCAUGUGUGUGUGUGUUGUGUUGUGCGGGUGUAUGUUGAAAAAGGAAGCAAAACAAGUUUAAUUAAGAAAAUGCGAUCAAAUGAACGACAGGCACAACACAUCCACCCACAACAUGCAUACACGCAACUGUAUUUUGAUGAUAGGAAACAAACGUGCGUGAUUAGUUAUCAGAAUAAACACUGUACAAUGGUUAUUUAAAGUAAAAACAGA